AUGAGAUCAUCACAACUCGUUAAGCAAGUUCAAGGACUUUCAAAUGCUUUCAGAGGAUACUCCUCAACUGUUAGAUCAGUUAGCAGUGUUGCUUUCAACACCAACAACAGUGUCUCUGUCAACACUUACAACUCUACCUUUAACUACUCUACCUCACAAUCAUUCAUUACUGCUUCCCCACUCAACACUCAAUCAUCUCUCAAUAUGAUCCAAAAGCGUUACUAUAGCACCUCUGAAGGUGAUGUCAUCAAGGUUCCAACUAUGGGUGAUUCAAUCAGUGAAGGAACUAUCGUUUCAUGGAACAAGAAGGUUGGAGAUUCUGUAAAGGUUGAUGAUGUUGUUUGUUCAAUUGAAACUGACAAGGUUACUAUUGAUAUCAAUGCUCAAGACUCUGGUGUCAUUACUGAAUUAUUUGCCAAGGAAAGUGACAAUGUAUUUGUUGGUAAGCCACUCUACAAGAUCAAAAAGGGAGCUGUUGCCGACACUCCAAAGGCUGCCGAAGCUCCAAAGGCUGCUGAAGCCCCAAAGGCUGCUGCUCCAAAGGCUGAAGCCCCAAAGGCCGCUGAAGCUCCAAAGGCUGCUCCAAAGGCCGCUGAAGCACCAAAGACUGCUGCUGCUCCAGCCCCAGGUCCAGGUGAAAAGGUCGGUGAACGUCGUGUAAAGAUGACUCGUAUCCGUCAAAGAACCGCCCAAAGAUUAAAGGAUUCACAAAACACAGCUGCCAUGCUCACCACCUUUAACGAGGUUGAUAUGUCUGCUUUGAUGGAAUUACGUAACAAGUACAAGGACGACUUUGCCGAGAAGCACGGUGUCAAGCUCGGUUUUAUGAGUGCCUUUGUCAAGGCCUCCACCAUUGCCUUGCAAGACCAACCAAUUGUCAAUGCCUCAAUCGAUGAUGCCGAUAUUGUCUACCAUGACAACAUCAAUGUAUCUGUUGCCGUUGCUGCCCCACGUGGUCUCUUGGUACCAGUCAUUCGUAACACCCAAAACAUGGGUUUUGCCGACAUUGAAAAGGAGCUCGGUCGUCUCUCGGGUCUUGCCCGUACCGACUCUCUCGCCAUCGAAGACAGCAUGGGUGGCACCUUUACCAUCUCCAACGGUGGUGUCUAUGGCAGUAUGUUUGGUACUCCAAUCAUCAACCCACCACAAUCGGCCAUCCUCGGUAUGCAUGCCGUCAAGGAUCGUGCCGUCGUCGUCAAUGGUCAAGUUGUCGUCCGUCCAAUAAUGUACUUGGCACUCACCUAUGAUCACAGAAUUAUUGAUGGCCGUGAAGCUGUCACCUUCCUCAAGAAGAUCAAGGAUGUCAUUGAAGAUCCACGUCGUUUACUCUUAAACUUGUAA